GAGUGGGUCUAACACUGCUCCUGCCCGGGUGCUGCUUCAGGAAACCCCUGUUUGCAAGGUAAGAGAAAUCAGUUUACUCUUUGCUCUGGAGUUGUGGUGGCGCGAGCUUCCUGUGCGACUCACGGCUCCUGUACUUCACAAACACUUCCACACCUGUGAGCAGAAGGGAAGCCAGAGAUUUUCUCCCCAGUCCUGCUGCUCUCCAGAGGCCACAUCACCUCAGCACCCCAGGGUCUGCUCUGCACACCCCCCACCCCACAAACAGGCACAAAUCCCCUUUGCUUCAAAACCUCAGCCACAGCCAGAAUGUUUAAAAAACUCACCAAAUUCAUUGUAAAUCAAAUGGAUCCGUGCAAAGAAUGGGUUCCUGUUGAAAGCAUCGCAGACAAUGAGCACUUCAGGCCUCUCUAUCUACUGAAAAAAAAAAAAAAAUCAAACCGCAUAUUCCACCGAGCUCCCUACUACCAGCGAACAGGCUUCACACUGGAUGAUGUGCUGCUGCCUGGAGAAGAUGGUACAAGCAUAGAGUCCCUCCAUCAAGAGUCCAGCCAAUUCACUCUCACAAAAGUCAGUGCUGACCAAGCUGAUGGAGGUCUCAGCAUUUCUUUUGACCCUACAAAUGUGGAGCUGAAAGGAGGUGCCUCCUUGUCCAAAGAGUUUUCCAUUACGCCCCAGAAGAACAGCAUAUCACAGGAAUCACUGGAGGCACUGAGAAAAGAAAGGAAAAUCAACAUGGAUCACUCCUUCAUCCGACAGCUCCAGAGAACUGACAUCAAUCUGUACGUGGUCACUGAAACCCUCGAGGCCUCAGAGGAGGCCGUGUACAAGGAAUCCACCAAGGCAGACGGGGGCUUCAAGGCCAAAUUUUAUGCUUCACUCUGUGCACAGAGCAAUAGGGAGGACAAACAAAGCAUAGUGAUACCCAAGGGCUGCACGCUGGCCUUCAGGACCAUCCCAAUACUCAUUAGAGAUGAAGCAUGGGGUCUGGAUUACUUCCCAGCAGAAGCUGUGAGAAGCCAAGCUUAUAUAGCUGAUGGUCCCUCAGCAGGAAAAUUAGGACAAGUGAUGACAGAAGUUCAAUAUUCCUGCCGAAUUUUCCCUGAGUUAUCUCCUGACCAGCUGCUCAUCAUCUUAAACACCAUCAAAGCUGUGAUGAGAGAUGAGAACCUCCUUCAAGAGCUCAGCCAGAAAAUGGAAGAAGUUCUUGAGGAAAAUUAUGGUUAUGAGCCGAGAGCUGAGAGCCCACACUUAGUACUCCCCAGCGCAGUACUCCCCAGCGCCUUACUGCAACCAAGACAUCAUCUCCUUCAGAGGGAAAAAGUUCUUGAGAAAAAUUAUGGUUAUAAGCUGAAAACUGAGAGCCCAGACUUAAAAGUACUCUUCAGCACCUUACAGCAAUCCCCAAGACAUCGUCUCCUUCAGCUGGCAGAAGGAAUCACCUACAUCCUUGAUGCUUUGCAGGAGUUAACAGAGGAUCAGCUGCUGCUGCUGCUGGAAUCCUUGGAAAGGAAGAUUGUGUCCCAACAGCUGAACCUGGUUGAAAACCUCCUGAAACAUGACUUGGAUAAGGAGAAGGAGACUUUUCUUGUGAAUGCCAGCAUGCUCUUCUCACAGGAGGAGGACCAGAUGUUAACCAUUGCCCUGGUGGAGCUGAGUGGAGUGCAGUUCCAGGAAGAUGGAUCAGCUUUCCCUAGAGAUCAACCCUUUGAGGCCAUGGCUGCCCUGUUUGUGGCCCUGUAUGCCCUUAAUUUCCUGAGUGGUUCCAGGUCCCUGGCCCUGCCCAGGGAACUCCUCUGGGAGGUCUUGUGAAAUCUCUGCUAACAAGCCCGUUUUCUCUCCCAGUAUCAUCCUUGUUAAUAAUCAAGGCUGAUUUGGCUGGCAAAAGGAAAUUUAAGGCAGGAAAAUUCAUUAUGGGCACUAAAGGUUGGAUGUCAAAGUGGAUUUGUUUUACUGACACCUUCCUGGUCCCAGCACUGCCAUAAUCCCUGAGAUGUUCAAUGGACACAUGGAGCA